CGACGUCGAUCUUUUUCUCGCAGACAGGAAGUGUGAGCAGCAUUUUCCACCAUUCACCUCCAUCAUGGGACUGUCACUGAAAUAAUCACAGCAGCUCGCCGUACAGUCUGUAUAUGUGUUCAAACAGCGCCCCUGAGUAGGCGGACUGUGUCGCUGUCACAGUUUUAUACGCCUUCGGUUCUUUAAAAUCGACUUCCUGUCCCCUCCUGCAUGCUGCUGCUGUGCUGUCUCUUUAACUGAAGGGGUCGCGGCCGAUCCUCCGCUCGCUCAUCAGGGUCCAUUCAUGAAUAAGACAACAUUUGGAGAGGGAAACUUGUGCUGUCGUGUCUGAUUUUUCGCUCAGCGGACCGGAUGCGAGGGGCAGGCAGCAGCCAGAUGUGUUCACCGCUGUCGGGGACGCGGCUGACAGCGCAGGAGUGACUUCCCAUGGCCGAGCCCCCUGCUGAUGGUUUUCACUUCAUGUUGCGAGCCGUCAGGAGCAGCAGCCGGAGGAGGAGGAGGCAGCUCGUUCCAGCUCGCAGUCAAAACAUGCUCGUUUCCUCGCAGAGUUUCGUGAUAUUUACGUGCUUCCGUCCAGACCGAGUCACUCUGGGUUAAAUAGCUCAUUGGUUCCGUCUUCCUUUUUUUUUUCCCCCCUUCUUUUUUAUCUGCUUAUAAAUGAAAACACACCAGCGGAGCUGUGGACCUGACGUACCGAUGGGGCAGUGAGUUAUGGCAGCGAAGGAGGACCUGUACGCCAAAGUGACACCGCGAAGGCAGCGCCAGAACCGACCCAGCACCAUCAAACAUGGCUCUACUUUGGACGUGCUGCUGUCCAUGGGUUUCCCCAGGACCAGGGCGUUGAAAGCUCUGGUUUCGACUGGAGGCAAAAACGUCCAGGCGGCUUGCGACUGGCUCUUCUCCCAUUUGGACGACCCUUUCCUGGACGACCGCCUGCCCAGAGAGUAUGUGUUGUACCUGCGGCCCAGCGGACCUCUGCUCCAGCAGCUCACACACUUCUGGAAGCAGUCCCGCCUCACCUGCGGGAAGAACAAGGCCCACAACAUCUUCCCUCACAUCACCCUCUGCCAGUUCUUCAUGUGUGCUGAUGAGAAGGUAGAGGCUCUGACUGACGCCCUGCAGACCACCGUGGCCAAGUGGAAAGGUCGCAUCCCCCUGCCUCUGCCUCUGGAGCUCUACAUCUCCUCCAGCUUCAUUGGGCUUUUUGUGGAGGAGCAGAUGGCCGAGGUUCUGAAGAGCUUCGCUGCUGACUUUGCAACCGAGGCGACAUCUAAAGCAGAUGUCCACGUUGAGCCCCAUAAGAAGCAGCUCCAUGUCACCAUGGCGUACCACUUUAAUGCCAGCCAUCUUCCAGUUCUGGAGAAGUUGGCCAAAAGCAUAGAGGUGACCGCGGGCUGUGAUUGGCUGGCUGUGCUCCUCUCCAGGGAUAUACGCUUUGCUAACCACGAGACGCUUCAAGUCAUGUACCCGUACGUGCCUCAGAACGACGACGAGCUGGAGCUGCUGCAGGGGGACUUCAUCUUCAUGUCUCCAGUGGAGCAGAGCACAGCCAGCGAGGGCUGGCUGUACGGCACUUCGCUGGGCACCGGGUUGUCCGGCCUGCUGCCCGAGAACUACGUGAGCCGUGCCGACGAGUCCGACACGUGGGUUGUUCAUGGGUCUCACUCCUUUCUCAACUGUGCCUCUCCAUCACCCUCUGGUAACCCCAUGGGAGGGCUUUUAUUUGAUGGACAGCUAAAUGACAGUCUGCUUGACAGUCUUAUGGAUCCUUCCAGCCUCACUGGCCUCCUUCCACCUAUGCAGGUACCGAGGGCAACCACUCACUCCUCCUCGUCCAAGAUGAGGCUGUUUGUGUGUCGCCAUGGCGAGAGGAUGGACGUGGUGUUCGGCAAACACUGGGUCACCCAAUGUUUUGAUUCCAAAGGUGGAUACAUUCGUUCUAAUCUGAACAUGCCGUGCAGCCUGCCAAGCAGGAGCGGAGGUCACCGGGACUAUGAAAAAGACUGUCCGAUUACUGUGUUUGGCUCCACACAGGCCCGUCUAGUAGGUGAAGCCCUGCUGGGAAGCCACACAACAAUAGACUUUGUUUACUGCUCUCCUUCCCUCCGCUGCAUCCAGACUGCUCAGCACAUCCUCCAAGGUCUCCAGCUGGAGGCCAAGACAAAAAUCCGCGUGGAGCCCGGUUUGUUUGAAUGGACCAAAUGGGUUUCAGGCACCAGCCUCCCGGCUUGGAUCCCACCGGCUGACCUAGCGGCCGCAAACCUGAGUGUGGACACAACAUACAAACCUCAUUAUCCUGUAAGCAAACUGACCGUGUCAGAGUCCUACGAUACCUACAUCAGCAGGAGCUUCCAGGUGACCAGAGAGAUUCUGACAGAGUGCAAAAGUCUGGGAAGCACGGUCCUGAUUGUGGCCCAUGCUUCCUCCCUGGAGGCCUGCACUCGCCAAAUACAGGGCCUCAGCCCCCAAAACUCCAAGGACUUUGUCCAAGUUGUCCGAAAGAUUCCGUACUUGGGUUUUUGUGCUUGUGAAGAAUUGGGAGAGACAGGCGUGUGGCAGCUGGUCGACCCACCCAUCUUGCCUCUGACACAUGGACCCAAUCACAGUUUCAACUGGAGGGAAAUGCUAAUGCACGACUGAAGGAUAUGCUGUUAGGCUCCCUAUCUUUUGUCAGCUUGAACUGCUGAAACGUUAUUUAUUUUUUUCCUUUUACAAUUCUAUAAUUCCAUUCAAACUACCGAAAGGACAAAGAGAAACACAGAGUAGCUUCCAAUGAAAGACAUUAUGCAAAAAA